AUGUUCACAGUCGGUGUUUUUCUGAGUGCUUGUGUGGCCGCUCUGGUGGAGGCGGGCCACCUGGGGGGCUUCGGGGCCGUCUCCAACGUGGGCUACUCGACGCACCACGCUCCCAGCUACAGCCACCACGGCGGCGGCGGCUUCGGGGGCGGGCACGCCUAUGGUGGGUACUCCAGUGCGUAUUCGACGAUUUCGCACCACGGGGGCAGCGCUGGAGGCGGCUACUACAGACCCGAGCCGGAAUAUUAUGAUUCUCCCAAGUAUGAGUUCAAGUACGGGGUUGAGGAUGCGCAUACUGGGGAUAAGAAGACGCAGUAUGAGGUGAGGGAGGGGGAUGUGGUGAAGGGGCAGUACAGUUUGGUGGAGCCUGAUGGGUCUGUGCGCACCGUGGAGUAUACUGCCGAUCCCCAUAAUGGGUUCAGUGCGGUGGUUCAUAAGUCUGGGCACGAGUCGGUGGCCAGCCCCCCCGCCCCCGUGGUGGCCGUUCAUUCCGCAGGACACGCACAGUCGUACUCUAAUAUCGGAAUAGGACAUGUCGCCGCCCCCGUAGUUCACGCCGCUCCUGUACUUCAUGCCGCCCCCGUUAUUGCUCAUGCUGCCCCAGUUAUUGCUCAUGCUGCCCCCGCCCAUCACGCAGUCGACUACUACGCGCAUCCCAAAUAUGAGUUCCAGUACGGCGUACAGGAUCAUCAUACCGGCGAUAUUAAGUCUCAGCAUGAAACCAGAGAUGGGGAUGUCGUAAAGGGCGAAUAUUCCCUUCACGAACCCGAUGGUACCGUUCUUAGGGUACAAUACACCGCUGAUAAGCACAAUGGGUUCAACGCUGUGGUACAUAGGGAAGGACAUGCCGCCCAUCCCCAACAUGUUGCCAAGGCUGUAGUGGCAGUACCUGUUCAUCAUGUCGCCGCCCCCGUGGUUCAUGCCGCCCCUGUUGUCCAUGCCGCCCCUGUUAUCCAUGCCGCUCCUGUAGUGCACGCCGCCCCCGUGGUAGCCGUUCACUCCGCAGGUCACGCACAGUCGUACUCUAACAUCGGAAUAGGACAUGUCGCCGCCCCUGUUGUCCAUGCCGCUCCUGUAGCUCACCCCAAAUAUGAGUUCCAGUACGGCGUACAGGAUCAUCAUACUGGUGAUAUUAAGUCUCAGCACGAAACCAGAGAUGGGGAUGUUGUGAAGGGUGAAUAUUCUCUUCAUGAACCCGAUGGUACCGUUCUUAAGGUUCAGUACACCGCUGAUAAGCACAAUGGAUUCAACGCUGUGGUACAUAGGGAAGGACAUGCUGCUCAUCCUCAGCAUGUUGCCAAGGCUGUAGUGGCAGUACCUCAACAACACUCGUAUGGACACCCGGUUAAGCACGUGCCUGUGGUCCACGCCGCCCCCGUUGUUCACGCCGCUCCCAUUGUACACGCCGCCCCCAUCGUGCACGCCGCCCCUGUUGUUCACGCGGUUCCAGUAGUGCAUGCUGCUCCAGUUCAUCACGAAGAUCACCAUUAUGCUCCUCCUAAGUACGCUUUCAAAUACGGAGUUCAGGACCAUCACACUGGUGAUAUUAAGCAGCAAGAGGAGACUAGAGAUGGGGAUGUUGUGAAGGGUUCUUACUCUCUCCAUGAACCCGAUGGUACCAUCUUGACUGUUCACUACACUGCUGAUAAGCACAGUGGGUUCAAUGCGGUGGUUCAGAGGUCUGGACAUGCUGCACACCCACAACAUGUUCAAAAAGCUGUAGUCGCUGUACCUGUUCAUCAUUAUUGA